AACAGGCUUUACAACCAGCACCCGGAGCGCAGCUGUCGCGUUUAUUAUCUUGCUGCAUCGUGCAACCUUGAUCGUUGCAGUUUUGCAUCCAGACUGCAGUGAUGGCUAGACUUGCCAUCCUUGCAGCAGCAGUGAUGCGCGAAACGGCAUCGAUGGCGCUCUCGCGCCGGCAGACGCUGCAGCGCGGGUCGCUCGCCGCGGUCGUGCCUGUGCUCGUGCCGACGCCGGCGCUCGCCUCGACCAAGACCGACGCCGAGAAGGUCCUCGAGGCGCUCCAGCCGCUGAGCGGCUUCGUCGACGACGGCAAGUGGGACGCCGUGCGCACGGUGCUCGCGCAAUCGCCAGUAGUCGAGCUCUGGAAAACGGGCAACUCCAAGAACUGGAUCCGCGCCGCGGCGCUCAGCGCCGGCGACCCGGAAUUAAUUGAGCUCUCCGAGGACCUGUCGUCGGCGCUCCAGUUGACGGACCAGUGCGAGGCCGCGUCUGGCAAAAAACGCCGCCGCGACGCCAUCGCCGCGACACACUGCCUUCGACGCUUCGACUCCGUCGCCGCGACGACGCGCGGUUCCCGGCAGGUACGUCUACGACAACAACUUCAUCUACUUCCAGCCUGGGAACGGAAAGGUGCGCUGCAGUGUCGUCGAUGGCGUCAGGCUCCACGCCAUCGACGCGCGACUCCUCCGUUCCCACGCAGGUCAAGACUAAAGAGCCCAAGGACCAGAUCGCCGUCGCGAAAAACAAGCUCAAGGCGAUCAUCGCGAGCCUCUAGUCGUGUAAUAAUGUGAAC